GUUAUCCUCUUCUUAAAGAGAUCUUGCUUUGCUUUCUUAUUCACAGUCACUGUCAAUGCGUUGGAAGGAAAAGACUGCAAGGAGUCUGUCAAGCUGAUUGCAGAAAGCACUAAUCUCUCAGAAGAGCAACUUGCUUUCCUCAUUUCUGGCAUGUAUACCCUUCUCCGAGAAGCGCUGCGACUCCCUUUAUCAACUUUCAAACAAGAAGUUUUUAAGGAAGACCUAAAGGAGCUCAGGAUACCGGAAGAUUUCAUCACUGACUUCUGCAGCAUAGUCUUUGGUAACAGGCGUCCUGCUUCCGAAAGCACAGCUCUGACACGAGGAAGUAGGCUACCAAGUAUCCAGGACUUGAAGUGGAGAGUGGACGUAGCUAUAUCCACAAGUUCACUGGCCCGUGCUCUUCAACCAUCCAUUCUAAUGAUGAUGAAGCUUUCAGAUGGGACAGCUCAUCGCUUUGAAGUGCCAGUUGCAAAGUUUCAAGAACUGAGAUACAACGUUGCCCUUAUACUGAAGGAAAUGAAUGAUUUGGAGAAAAGGAGUGUCCUGAAGAUCCAGGACUGAAUGCUCUGAAAUCAGGAGUUUAUGAAACAGGUCUGAAACCCUCAGCAAAGCAGGGGGACCAUCACCACUUUGCCUGACUGAACUGCAAUGUAGCAUUUAGCAUUUAUUUUAUGCUGUAAAUAUUUUUUCAAUUCAAGUGUUAAAAAGCACAAGCCCUUUUCAUAAGACUUAAGAAAAACAAAAAAUAUAUCUGUGAAAAAGAAUAAUGCUGUUUGCGAGCAUUUUUGCAUGAUUCAUCAAAACAUUUUUUAAGAACUGUCUUAAUAGAUGUAAGUCAUUUAUUUCUGAUUAUGAUUCAUAACUCUAAUUAUUUUUGAAAGCCUGCUACCAGAAGCCCCAUCAGUGUGUAUC